CAACCGUGAGCAAUACUACUGGAGAGCCUGGACAAUCACAAAAUGGUUCCUCUGCAUACUUGCCAUGAUAGUUGUGUUAGGACUAGUUAUAUAUUUUAUGUAUUCAUGGUCAGCACACAGCAGGUCAGCAAAAAUCGAGGUAUCUAAGAGGUACAUGGGGAAAGCAGGGCGAACCACAUGGGAAGAGGGGCUGAUCAAGACAGGGAUUGGUAACAUUACUCUAAGGGAUGGGGAAGAUAGCACAGUGCAGUUAGACCCGUGCGACUACAUGCAUUGCUCCGACCCUAAGAAACUGGGGUGGGCGGACGCCUACAUAUGCUAUGUCGAAGGCAGUUUUGGUCAAACCGCCAAUCACUGCUCAGGGGGCUGGGCUUUUGUUUUAUGGACCACCGCAUACACCGAUUGGGGUUAUACCCUAUGGGACGACAAAACAAACAUAAAAGGGAGAUUGUCUAUCUCCAAAGUCAAUUCAUCGAGCCCCGUUGUCCUGUUGCAACUACAGGCUGCCCAGAUAUCAGACGGGGGUUAUUAUGUUGUAUGUAUGUAUGUAUCCGGCACCGACCCGUGUGGCACAUUUUACAUAGACAUCGCGCCCAAAACUCAGACCCCCAAAAAGGAUAAACCGCCUUUGACACAAACAUUGACAUCCAUAGGUACAUCUACACUUCUAAAACGUAACCUAUACAUAGGCAAUAACGACCAUAACAACAUUGAUGUGGUUCAGACCAGUAAUGGGAACACCUUUAACGUUUGGUGGCACACUCUGAGAUCAUUCUUGCAGGCCGCAGGACAAAAUGGUUCAUGUUAUGCAUGCACCCUUUUUCCCCAGGACUCAUCAAUGUCAGUGCCAGUUCGUCCGCGCUCUCUGACCCAGGUUGAACACCUCUGUGCGUUUAUGGCUCUGACAAGGCCCAUCGAGGGGGAAGACCGCGUAACCGAGUGGCGUUAUGCCAGGCAGCUUCCUCCACCAUGCAGUAAUAAGUCUAACUCCCUUUUGCGUGCAUAUACGGUUGAUACCACAUACGCAAAGUACCAACCGGUCAGCCAUGUGCACCCCAGCCAUUUGAGAGGGAUGAAACACAGCAUUUGUAUCCAGAGAGUAUACCAUAAAACGUCUCUUACACCACCUUAUUUUUCCCUAGGUACUACUACUGGUUGUACUCGUAUCCUACAGAAUACGUGCAGUUACGGUGUUUACAAUAGCUCGUAUUGCAUAUUCAGUGUCCCUGAAAGAAUCCUUUCUAACGUAGCAUUCCCUGAUGUUAACCAUACUUCCCUCCAACUGGCCUGGCCCAGUGAUGCUGGGUUUGGAUAGGUACAUGCACUCUAGUGGAUUUGAAUCCAGCAGUCACUGUCCUCACGUCCUUAAUGUACACGACACAUCAUUACCCAGAGUUCCAACACCCGGACCACCACAAGGUAAAAAGAGAGCUGACGUCCACUGGAGCUAAAUUCUUUGGUGGCUUGUUUCCAUGGUGGGGUACAGUAAACAAUGCCCAUAAGAUAGAUACCUUACACGUUCGACUAGAGAACCUCACUUCCGAGACGACGCAAAGCUUCCAGGCAUUGCCCCCAUUCAUAAUAGCCUCUAGGAAUAUGCUCAUGCAGCACCAAUUUGCUCUUGACCUUUUGUUCGCCUCAAAGGGUGGCCUGUGUCAUGUGAUCGGUGACUCCUGUUGCACUUACAUUCCCGACGCCACCAAGAACAUCACUGACACCGUGCUGCAUCUUAACAACUUGUUAGCCGACAUGAAAGCGGAUGACAUAUCCAACGCAGGCGGCUGGGACUGGUGGUCCUGGCUUACAUCGGGGGGGGUGACAAGCAUGGCUGGCUAGGAUAGUUACACCCCUGAUAAUCAUUUUCGGCCUAUGUAUCAGUUGUACCUGUUUGAUUAUCCCAAUACUGAAGAAAGGCUUUUCCAGCCUGGUAUCUUUAGCUUUCGUUCAGUAUACUGCUAUCCCAUUACAAGACAAUCCUUUGCGCCACAGUGAGAUAGACCAGCUAGAAUCAGAAGAGUCUGAUUCCGACACUACAAUAUAAUCAAUAUAAUCAUGUGUAUCAAGUGUACUCUCCUCUUAUGCUUACAUUAUAUUGGAGUCUGUCCUCCACAAAAACAGCCAGUUUUCUAUGAUAUAUUUGUGAUGUGUUUACUUAAACCAGUGAUGGAGUGUAUUCAUUGAUGUGUUAUAUCAGUCUAUCCUGUCAUUUGUUUUUUUAUUGAUCAAGUAUGAUCAAAAGGGGGGAAUGUAGUGGAAAUUUCCUAAUAUCCUGAUAUGUUAAAACCAAAUGCUUCUCAUUUGGUUUAUAUGUGCUGUUUGCUCUAUCUGUUCUACUUCAAGGCCACAGAGCUGUUUUGGCUACUAGGUUGAGACUCACACAAAGUCACACGAGAACUUCUACAGCUCAAGGCCAGGUGUCUAAUAACAAUGUGACCGUGUGAAGACAGAUU